UCCACCUUUCUCUUUGUUGACCAUUAUAAAGCACUGAAUAACUUUUCUGAGAGCCUUUCUUUGGUGUACAGACGUAUUACCGCACUCAGAAUGCCAGCCGUAGGGUUAGAGAUACUAGGACUAAGCCUGGCUAUUUUAGGUUGGAUCGUGGGCAUCGUGUCCUGCGCUUUACCCAUGUGGAAGGUCACCGCUUUCAUCGGGGUGAACAUUGUAACAGCGCAGACCAUAUGGGAGGGAAUCUGGAUGAACUGUGUGGUACAGAGCACCGGUCAGAUGCAAUGUAAAGUCCACGACUCCAUGCUGGCCCUCACCUCGGACCUGCAGGCGGCGCGGGCUCUGUGCAUCGUCGCUGUCGUGAUGGGAGUGCUCGGACUUCUCUUCUCCAUCGUGGGGGCCAAAUGCACUCGAUGCGUGGAGGAGGAGCGCGUCAAAGCCAGAGUUAUGAUCACAGCUGGCGUCACCUUCAUUUGCGCUGCCGUUUUGCUUUUGAUCCCCGUGUGCUGGACGGCUCACAGUAUCAUCAGGGAUUUCUACAAUCCUGUCGUCAUCGAGCCUCAGAAAAGGGAGAUAGAAGUCAUGUCUUUAGGCCUGGAGCUCAUCGGUAUGGUCCUGUGUGUGCUGGGCUGGCUGCUGGCCAUCGUGGCUUGCACUCUCCCCAUGUGGAGGGUCACAGCCUUCAUCGGCUCCAACAUCGUGACGGCUCAGAUCAUCUGGGACGGUUUGUGGAUGUCCUGCGUGGUUCAGAGUACCGGACAGAUGCAGUGUAAAGUCUACGACUCUAUGCUGGCCCUUUCCCAGGACCUCCAGGCAGCCAGAGCCCUGACCGUGAUCUCCAUCCUCCUCACCGUCCUGGCUGUAUUGGUGUCCAUCGGAGGAGCGAAGUGCACCAAUUGCAUUGAGGACGAGUCGUCCAAAGCUAAAGUCAUGAUCUUAGGAGGGGUUCUUUUUAUCGUGGCUGGGCUGAUGCAGCUGAUUCCUGUGUCCUGGUCUGCCAACAGCAUCAUCAGGGACUUUUACAACCCUUUGCUCUCGGAUGCUCAGAGACGGGAACUCGGAGCUGCGCUUUACAUCGGUUGGGCAGCCUCUGCGCUCUUGAUCAUGGGAGGCUCGUUGCUCUGCUGUUCCUGCCCUCCACAAGAGAAAAAAUACAACCCGCCUAGAAUGCCGUACCCUGCGUCUCGCUCCACACCCGGCGCUGGGUACGACAGAAGAGACUAUGUAUGAAACGAACAAAGAAGAGAUUAUUGUUGAAAUGCUCGAUGCGGGGGCAUCAUUUUUCAGAAAAAUAAAAAUAUGCCACUCAGACUCCACGAGGAAACAUGUCUGAGGAAGUUCAUUGUAUUUAUGUUGGUCUCUAUGUAAGUAUGUUCUUGGCUUUAAUAUCGAGGUGACAUUCUGAAA